ACUACUGACCUCGAGCAAUCCACCCGUCUCAGCCUCCCAGAGCGCUAGGAUUACAGGCGUGAGCCACCGCGCCUAGCCAAGCAAUAUGUUUUACUAAGUGCCAAGGAGAAAAAUAAAGUAGGGUAGGGGGGAUAGGAAGUUAUGGGAGGUGGGGGGUGACCAGGGAAGGCCUCCAGGAAGGUGACUUUUGAGUCAAGGCUUAAAGGAAGUGGGGCAGUGAAGCACAAGGCUAUCUGGAGGAAAGCACAUUCCAGACAGAGGGAACAACAAGAGGUAGAGCAUGUCUGGUAGCCAUGCGCAGAUUCCCCACCUCAGUGGCACCUCUGAGGUACAAGCAGUCAAGAGGAGAGAAACAGAACAAACAAAACAUUUAAAACCACAGAGCCACCAAACUUACCACAAAGCCCGAUUUCUGCCUCUUUUUCUUCAACACUUCUCCCUACCGUUUUCUGGGGCCGAGUUCCAAGAUCUAGGUACUGCCAGUCAUUAGCUCAUUUAAUCUUUACAACUGCCCCACAGAGUGAGACCUAUUCAUCACUCCCCCCUUAUAGACAAGGAAACUGAGUAUAAAGACGCUACGUAACUUGCCCAGGGUCACAAAGCUAGUAUCUUCUCCACCUCCCAUCAGCCCUUGCAAGGCAGUAGCCAGGCAUAGGGCACUGGAACUCAGGAGAGCUGAGUCCAAACCCCAACUUGGUUAGCGCUUGGUUCCCUCGACCUGAAAGGGAGGAGUUUGGAGUAUUCAAUUUCUCUACACCAGAAUCCUCACUGUGGUCACUGAGUGUUGGAAUGAGGUGAUGCAGAUAAAAUGCUUAGCACUACACUUUGCACAUAAUAAGUAUUUCAUAAAUGGCAGCUACAGAGACCAUGAUGAUGAUGAUUCUGGGUGAUGUCCAAUGGCCAGUCCAGCUUCGUAUCUUUGUUGUUCUAAGAAGCCCUGUCAGGCCUUGUUCAAGUAUUGUAGCAGUCAGGUAGCCACCAAGCACACCGAAUAUGGUGUGGGUGAGCAGGGCUGGCCAAGGGGGUGAACGGGGACUGGAAUUGAACCUCAACUUUGUUCACCUGUGCAGGCUGCUAUCUCCUGGGGGAAGGGGCCUUCUAAUUUUCAGAAAAGCACCCGAUGGGAUAUUGGUGCCCUAGCAGGGGACUUCAUUGUGGUAUGGUGAAGUCAUCAGGAACACAGGCUUUGGAGCCAGACUUCCUGGGAUCAGAUCCCAGCCUUGCUACUAACUGGUCAUAUGGCCUUGGGCAUCUCUAGCAUCUCUGAACCAUAGUCUGUCAUUUUAAAGUAGGGAAGCUAACUUUUACCUUUCAGAGUAGUGAUGAGGAGCAAAUGAGAUGCUAUUAAUACAAAUAAAGCACUGACUCUUGGGGUCCCAGUGGGCCAGUGGCUGUCAUGGAAGGGAGUGGGAGGCCUGAACACUAGCCAUGGGAUUCCCAAAUUGUCCACGAUUCAGCAGCUGACAAGAAAGCAUUUGACCCUGAUCUAUGCCUGACAGUCAGGGUUGUUAAAACUUUUGAAUAUCACCCCUGUUUACCACCUUCCUUCUUCCUAUCCAGGAUAGAUGUCAGAAAAAUCUUUUGGGGCAUGUGAGAUGGGGUAUGUGUGAGGGGAACGCCUCUGAAUCCAGAUAGUAUGUGUGAUAAGUGGGAAAAGAACAUUUUUCAGGGGAUUGUAUGAGGGACUCCUGAUGCAGGAUACCUGUUGGGACAUGUGUGACUCAGGGCAUUUGGAAGAUGCCCCCAAAGAGAGGCGAGAGCUCCCAGGCUUCGUGGAGGGCAGAUAAGAAGGGCUCAAGAGCUCUGCUCUCAGGUCAGCAGGCCUGGAUCUGCGAACAGACUUCCCUCACCUGUUAUCACCAGGUCUGUGUGACUUUGGAUGAGCCGCCCAGCAAGAGGUGAGAAAGAACAGGCCCAGCAGAAGGGACUCGCUGAGCCACCGCCCGCUCUGCUCCAUGUUGGCUGUGCUCUCAGGCUGGCGCCAUGCCCCCUCCUGCAGAGGUGACGGACCCGUCCCACGCCCCUGCCGUCCUGCGCCAGCUCAAUGAGCAGCGGCUCCGUGGCCUCUUCUGUGACGUCACCCUCAUAGCUGGAGACACCAAGUUCCCUGCUCACCGCAGUGUCCUGGCUGCUUCAAGUCCCUUUUUCAGAGAGGCUCUGCUCGCUUCAGCCCCACUGCCCCUCCCACCAAUUACUGGGGGCUCAGCUCCCAACCCUGCUGCCACCACAGCUGCCUCUUCUUCUUCCUCUUCUUCCUCCUCUUCCUCCUCCUCCUCCUCCUCUUCCUCCUCCUCCUCUCCCCCUCCAGCCUCUCCCCCUGCUUCAUCCCCACCCCGAGUCCUGGAACUGCCAGGGGUCCCAGCAGCUGCCUUUUCUGAUGUCCUCAAUUUCAUCUAUAGUGCCCGGCUUGCACUACCUGGUGGCGGAGGGGACGGGGCAGCUGUAGCAGAGAUCGGAGCUUUGGGACGUCGGCUGGGCAUCUCCCGCCUGCAGGGCCUGGGGGAGGGAGGCGAUGCCUGGGUCCCUCCCACCCCAGCCUCCAUGGCCACCUCACAUCCUGAAGACAACAGCUUCGGGCCUGGGCCUAGACCAGCUGUGGAGUGGGAGGGUGACGGGGCUGAGGCCCAGGGCCCUGACUUACAUCCCCCAUUGUCCCGGCGGCCCCUCCCCUGCCCCCGAUGUGGAAAAAGCUUUAUCCAUCCCAAGCGGCUGCAGACCCAUGAGGCCCAGUGCCGACGGGGUGUCAGCACUCGGGGGUCUACAGGGCUGGGGGCCGGGGGCUCUGGCCCCGGUGGUCCUGCAGGAGUGGAUGCCUCAGCUCUGCCCCCGCCCGUGGGCUUCCGAGGCGGCCCCGAGCACGUGGUGAAGGUGGUGGGCGGCCACGUGCUGUACGUGUGUGCGGCCUGCGAGCGGUCCUACGUGACGCUGUCCAGCCUGAAGCGACACAGCAACGUGCACUCAUGGCGGAGGAAGUACCCCUGCCGCUACUGCGAGAAGGUGUUCGCCCUCGCUGAGUACCGCACUAAGCACGAGGUGUGGCACACCGGGGAGCGCAGGUACCAGUGCAUCUUCUGCUGGGAGACCUUUGUCACUUAUUAUAACCUGAAGACCCACCAGCGAGCCUUCCAUGGCAUUAGCCCGGGCCUCCUAGCCAGUGAGAAGACACCCAAUGGAGGCUACAAGCCCAAGCUCAAUACUCUCAAGCUGUACCGCCUACUCCCCAUGCGGGCAGCCAAGCGGCCCUACAAGACCUACAGCCAGGGAGCUCCAGAGGGCCCCCUUUCUCCAAACCUCAACACACCGGCCCCUGUGGCAAUGCCAGCCAGCCCACCACCCAGACCUCCACCUGUCCCAGAGCCUGGCCCCCCACCCUCUGUCAUCACCUUUGCUCACCCAGCCCCCUCUGUCAUUGUCCAUGGGGGCAGUAGCAGUGGUGGAGCGGGGGGUGGGCCGGCCAGCACGGGAGGGUCCCAGGCUGCCUCGGUCAUCACUUACACUGCUCCCCCGAGGCCUCCCAAGAAACGGGAGUACCCACCUCCUCCCCCAGAGCCUGCAGCCACACCCACCAGCCCAGUCACAGUGGUCAGCCCAGCCACGGCUGCAGGGCCAGCCACGGCCACCACCACAGAGGAGGCCAAGGGCCGGAAUCCACGGGCUGGGAGGACUCUGACUUACACAGCCAAGCCAGUGGGCGGGAUUGGCGGGGGCGGGGGUCCCCCUGCAGGGCCGGGCCGGGGCCCCUCUCAGCUACAGGCUCCACCUCCACUGUGUCAGAUCACUGUGCGAAUCGGGGAGGAGGCCAUUGUCAAGCGCCGCAUCUCAGAAACUGACCUGCGUCCUGGGGAGCUGAGUGGAGACGAGGUGGAGGAGAGUGAGGACGAUGAAGAGGAGGAGGAAGACGAGGAGGAGGAGGACGAGGAGGAAUCAAAGGCUAGUGGGGAGGACCAGCUCUGGAGACCCUACUACUCGUACAAGCCUAAGCGCAAGCCUGGAGCUGCCGGAAGUGGCGGUGGUAGCAGUGGGCUGCCCCGAGGCCGCCGGCCACCACGUUGGAGGCAGAAGCUGGAACGGAGGAGCUGGGAGGAGACCUCAGCAGCCGAGAGCCCAGCAGGGCGUGCCCGCACUGAGCGGAGGCACCGCUGUGGGGACUGUGCCCAGACCUUCGGCACCCUGAGGAAGCUGCGAAAGCACCAGGAGGCCCAUGGUGGGGGCUCCCACAGCUCCCGGGCUGGACGGAGGCCUUCCACCCGCUUCACCUGCCCCCACUGCGCCAAGGUGUGCAAGACGGCAGCCGCUCUGAGCCGCCACGGGCAGAGGCAUGCUGCUGAGCGCCCAGGGGGCACCCCCACACCUGUCAUUGCCUAUUCCAAGGGCAGCGCUGGCACCAGGCCUAGGGAUGUCAAGGAGGAGGCCCCCCAAGAGAUGCAAGUCUCCUCAUCCAGCGGGGAGGCAGGUGGCGGGAAUGCUGCUGCUGAGGAAGCUUCCGAGACCGCCUCACUCCAGGACCCUGUCAUUUCAGGGGGUGAGGAGCCCCCGGUGGUGGCAGGAGGGGGCAACUAUGCAUACCCACCUGUGCAGGAAUUUCCACUGGCCCUCAUUGGGGGCAGCCGGGAUCCUGGCGGUGGCAGGGGGAAACUUGGGAGUGAGGGGCCAGGGGUUGCUGGUGAGGAGGACCGGAUAGAAGGGAUGGGGGCUGCCAAAGUCACCUUCUACCCUGAGCCCUACCCACUUGUCUAUGGCCCUCAGCUCCUUGCAGCCUACCCUUAUAACUUCAGCAACUUGGCUGCUCUCCCAGUUGCUCUCAACAUGGUCCUACCUGAUGAGAAAGGAGGGGGGGCCCUUCCCUUCCUACCAGGGGUCUUUGGCUACGCAGUGAAUCCUCAAGCGGCACCCCCUACUCCCCCAACACCACCCCCCCCAACUCUUCCUCCACCAGUUCCCCCUAAGGGAGAAGGGGAAAGGAAAGGGCUUGAGAGAACCCAAAAGGGAGAUGUGGGGUGAGCUCUGGGACCAGGUCCCCCUUUCACCAGAUGCCACCCUCCCUGAACCCUCCACCACUACCAGCUCUCUGGCCUCCCUGCCCCUUGGGAGCCCCUCCACACUCUUGUGCAGGGACUUGGGGGCUCCUGGAGCUCAGGGGUCAGGCUGCUUUGUGUGAGAUUGUAGUUUUCCCAUCUCCUGGGAAGGGAUCUUUGGUGGUUCCCCUCUCAAGCUUCCUCCAGGGAAUGGCCUCCAUGAGGGGCAGGGCCAACUCCCAUCCUUACUCCAGCCCUUCGGGCAACUGAGCAAUAUACUUAUCUGAAUCUCUACUCACGGCCCCCACCAGCUCUGAAUGUCUAACCUGCUCCUCUGAUUUGUAAACCUAGGGGGAAACCAUCUCUCUCACCUAAUGAUCCCCCCUUGUUCUGAAGCUUUCUCUAAGCCCUCCCCCGGAUGCUUCCUAGCACAUUCCAUUCUUUAUGGCCCAGGGCCUGGACCAGACCAUUGUGAAACCUGAACCCACACACCUGGGAGCGUGGCUUUGGAUUCCAUUCUUCCCAAGAGUGGGUUUCUCUGUCCUUGUCUCCUUUGCGUGAAGAUGCCAUGCCUUCCUUGGCUUCCAUGCCUUUGGAUCUUCCAUAUUCUUCCCCAAACCCCUAGACUUUGGAGAUGGCCUCUCCCAGUCCAGGUCAAGGAGGUGUUGGGGGGAGGGCUACCCCUCUGUUCAUAGCUGAGCACUUUCCCAGCCCAGGGUAGAGAAAUCUUGGCCCUAUCUUGACCCCCAAAUCCAGUGAUCCCCAGAUUCUUCCAAGGCAGAAGAGGUGAAUAGGUCAUACCUCUUCCUGUCUCUACCUAUGGCCUCUUCUGGGCUAAACCAGAUUUGGGGGCCAGGAGGGAAGAGCUCCAUGUGGGAUGGAGAAGGGAAUCUACUUUCUCCCUGUUUUUUUCCUGAUGGUUUCUCCCAGACUAGACCAAAUAGCCAGAAAAAAGAUGGGGGUCGGAUGGGUGGGUAAGCCCAAGAUUUGCACAUGACCUUCCAUCCUUACCUUUACCCUCAUCUUCCCUCACCAAUCACUCCAGAUGGUUUUGGGGGAGCCAUUCUAUUCUGCUGGUGGGCUUUGGGGUAUCCCCACCAACUUUCCCUCCAGAAUAGCACCUUAUACCCCGUCUUUGACUCAGUUCCCCACACCCAAAGAUCCCAGCCUAGGGAUGGGGUGCAGGGACGAUAGUCCCUAAUCCCUAAUUUGCACUAGUUAACCCUGGUCAGGGGUCCCUAUACUUCCUUCCAGUGGGGGAGAUGAAGAAAUGUUUGCUCCUAAUUCUCUUUGAAAACUGGGCCUCCCUGCUCUGUGAUUGGAUGAACAUUUCCCAUCCUACUCACCUCCCCACCAAAAAAACAGCUCACAAGGGAGAGCCUGUUUGGGGGAGCAAAUUUGACAAAUGGGAAUUAGUGGAGUGCUUGUUUAAAAAGGGGAAAAGUUGCUGUCUUCAAAUGGCAGCCUUUCCCCAGCUACUGUUUUAUUGGGCCAAGAUGGCUGCCCUUGCAGCAGUUGCUGGGAGGGCAAGAUCAUGGCUUCUGGAGGGAGGCGAGUUUAGAGGAUGGCCAGGAGCAUCCUGCCUCCCUCUACCCCUCCCAGCCCACAGGAAAGGGGAAGUUUUCGACAGGCUCCCUGAAUGUUAACCAUGGAGGAGACACUCCUUCAUUCCUCUGUCUCUUUGCACUUUUCUUGGUCUUGGCCACAGCCUGAGUGAAGAAUUUCCUACUGAAUGUACCAAGUUCCAAUUUUUAAGGGGGCGAAAAGUUUCAAACAGGGAAAAAUGCAAAAAAAAAAAAAAAAAAAUCACUAAAAAUUCUCACAAAUCUUGUUUCUGGCACUUUAGAAAAACUGCGAAAAAAUACAUAAUAAAGAAUACAUAUAUAUAUCUACACACAAAUUAUAUAUAUCUAUAUAUACAGCGGAACCACAAGAGAGACUGAGGAAGGCCUAGAGGCAGGGGCAGAUGUGAUGACAGUGCCCCUAUAUCCUUAACCUGUACUCCUCUGAGGCAAACAGGCAUGGGACAAUGGAAGGGGUUAAGGAUGGAUUGGGGAAUUUGAAUUUCAGAAUAGGUCAAAAUUCUAAAACUAUGGACAUUUUGGGAGAAUUGAGAUUGUAGACAAUUAUUAUUUUUUAAAUAUGAUUAAGGAAAAUAGCUUCCAGAAUUUGGUGGUUCUGGGCAACAAAUGAGAUUGUGGCUAAGUGGAGAUUAAAAUAUAUGUAUUUGAGCUGGGGAAUUUGAAUAUUGUGAGUUUCAGAUGUUGGAAAUACGGGAUUUUGCAGUUUUGUCUUUUGAAAAUGAUCAAGUCUUGUCAGUUUGUGCCCUCCUUCCCCACGUUCCCUGGGAAGAAGGGUGACGGCAGAGUGGGAAGGCCACUGGUUCUGUGCCACAGCACGCAAGAUUUAGAAUUCUACAGACUCUAGCUCUAUACGUAGUGAGGACCCAGAUUUAGAGAAACUGACCAGUAUUUAUCUCCGCAUUUGUGUGUGUGUCCAACUCUCUAGGCCAAUAAACCAACAAGACAAACAAACUGUGCUCCA